UUGUGGGGGUGGGAAGCGCGCCUUCAAACAUUUCGCUUGUGGUACUCCUGGAGGUAGGCAGCACAAUUGCAGCUCGCUUUUGCACAAGAAUUUUAAGAUGUUGUGCGAAUCAUACGUUCUUUCGCAGCAAACAAUGCAAAUCCAGAGCAACAUCCAGAGCGUAAAUUCUAUCUUUGGCUGCAACGCGUCCGGCCACAGCGGCAUCAACCAACUGGGGGGUGUCUACGUCAAUGGGCGUCCCUUGCCGGACUCGACGCGCCAGAAGAUAGUCGAAUUGGCCCACUCCGGAGCCAGACCGUGCGAUAUUUCCCGCAUUCUCCAGGUGUCCAAUGGAUGCGUUAGCAAGAUCCUGGGCCGAUACUAUGAGACGGGCUCGAUCAAACCGCGAGCCAUCGGCGGCAGUAAACCCCGGGUAGCCACGGCUUCCGUGGUCUCCAAGAUCUCCGAUUACAAGGCUGAAUGUCCGAGUAUCUUUGCCUGGGAGAUCCGGGAUCGACUAUUGUCUGAAAAUGUCUGCAAUAAUGAUAACAUCCCUAGCGUUUCUUCCAUUAACCGAGUGCUGCGCAAUCUGGCUUCGAACAAGGAAACUUCCACCCCAAGCAAUGAUACGGUUUACGAAAAGAUCAAGCUCUUCAACAACACCAGCGGCCACUGGACCUGGUGCCAAAACAUCGGUGGCGGUCAGUUCAACUUUUCAUCCCACCCCAUCUCCCAUCUCUCUCUGAAGAGCCCUACCGAAAAUCCUCAACAAUCAAAGCCAGUAAACCACGGUAUGGAGGAAAUGAGUGACAAGUACUCCUCGGAGGACGACGAAGACUCGGAGCUGCGGCUCAAACUGAAGCGAAAGCUCCAACGCAACCGGACUUCAUUCACCAACGAACAGAUUGAAAAUUUGGAAAGAGCAGAAUUCGAGCGGACUCACUAUCCGGAUGUGUUUGCACGGGAACGGCUCUCGGAGAGAAUUCAGCUGCCGGAAGCCAGGAUACAGGUAAUGGGUGGGUUCUACCGGACGGCUGUCGUCCGCGUACGGUAGACCAGGUCGAUCAGGUAAAUGACAAAUUUCAACUAUUAUCAUAUAUUAUGGCAAACUGGCAAACUCUUCGUUAUGUUUUUGGGGACUCCGUAUUUCGGGGAAGGUUGGAAUCGUUUCUUUUAUUCAGUAGGUAGGUUGGAGCGAACGGAAACCCUUGGCGAGCGAAGGAUAGGCGCCAUUUCUCGUUCA